AUGGCGCAAGAUUGGGAUGCCGGCAAGGAGUUUGAGUUACAAGACAUGUGGUUACUACCAGAAUUCCUUUGGCAUUCCAACCCGGCUGACAAAGCCCUGGCUCCUGUCAAGAUCCCUACCAGGGCGAUGUUGGGACAGCUGGAAAAGCGAGGGGUUGGUUACAACUGUCUGGAGCUGGCCAAUACCGGUAUGAAGGAUAAGCCGUUAUACAUUAAAACUGAUCAAUUGGCUUUCCAGGAAGGGUUCAAAGCUCACAAGGCUGGUGCCUACCGCCAACACAAGGGCGUAGCCAAGUUGCUUGAUGAUCGGUACAAAGGCAAGGACGACCCGCUCCUGCCUUGCAGACAGGGGGACAAGUUUGGCUUGUUCCAGUUGACAACUACGGCUUGCAGCAUCAUGGGACCCUGCAAGGACAGUGAAGGAACCUUGACCGUACUCAAUGUUCAUUGCGGUCACAAGAUCUGGACACUUUACAAUAGCUACAAUGACCUGAUGAAAUUCGCCAAACAUCUCGUCCUUGUGGCAGGGAGUCAACUUCUGAUCCCCAUAGGACCAUGCCACCUGGUGUCAAAUACAGCUUCGUCUUCCCCAAUGUGUCUCUCUGUUCAGAUCGACACUUUUUACAUUGCAACUAAUUACCUCGAAGAGAUGUUCAAGGCGGCCAAUCAACAAUCUCAAGAGGGUGGCAAGAAUGAGUACAUCCCUGCAGUGGGAUUGUAUCUGUGUCUAAUGGCGACGGGCUUAUGGCGAGGUUGGGUCUAG